UGGACGGCCAACCUUGGUGUAGUUUGUAAGCACACCAAAAAUCCUGAGGGUCAAGUAUCGGCGACGCUGCGGCGGAGUCCCAACACUCUCGCUGCAUGACGCUAUCAAUUUCACAUUAUAAACUCUCGAGAGUUAAAAUUGUUUUCAUUCAGUUUGAAGAACUGGGUCGAAUGUUUUGGUUUACUGCGUCGACAGAUUUUUGAAAUGGCAACUUAUUUAAUCUUAACAGAGUGAAUGUAAUGUAAUAAAACAUCGAUACCUUUUCCAGUUAGUUUCAUAUGAUUAAAACGCUUCACGCUGAACAUAAUGAUGACCAGAAUCUACCUUACGAAUCGUUCCCGUCAAGUGAUUAUCAGGUUCCUAAGUCAAUGAUAGAGAGCAGUAUAAAUGAUCAAGUUACAUGUGCAAGCGUUGAUCAAAUGAGCAAGAAGCCAUCUGGAAGAUCAUGGGCAAGAAGUAAACGUAUUUCACUUGGAUGUUUUGAAUGGAAUUCACGUGGAUUAUUUCGUCAAACUGAUAUAGGAUCAUCUAAUCGUUUAAAUUCUAUCAAUCCUAGCGGUUCACAUAAUUGCAUCGUACACAAUGAAGAUUUCACGUAUAUAUGUCAAGAAUCAUCAAAACCAAAGUUUAAAUCUGGUGCAGAUAGUCUGUUACAGCGUCUACGUAAACGUUCUUUUUCACGGGAUAAGCAUAAACGUGAUAAUAAAAUAGAAUAUUGUCGAUCUUCUUCAGCUCCUCGAUCUGUAUAUUCAUAUCAAAGUUCACCGGAAUUCGAGAUCAAUCAUCUUGAUAAGCAUUCAUUCACACUAAUAAAUAAAUGUAAUAAUUUGUUUGCUUCAAAUUUAAUUCCACAAAUUUCUUUAUCAAGAAGUGUUCCUGAAUUAAAAAAUCAUAGUUGUCUCAAACCAUCAGGCUAUUUAGACAAGACUAUGUCGUAUCAGUAUAAUGUAACGUCAUCUGAAUUUUAUCCUAAAUCAUCAACCUAUUUAAAAUCAUGUUUUUCAUCGCAAUCAUCUUUUCCUGUUAACAAUGAUAAGACAGAUACUAUUGCUGCUGCUACUACUACUACUAUUGCUAGAACUAACAGUAAUCAAAUGGAAUUGUCAAGAAUUGCCAAUUCAUCCUAUACUCUUCCAAUGAAAAACAAAACCACAAUUAACCAUGAAUUAUAUCUUCAAACAAAUUAUCACACAUCUAUCAAUGAUACUAUAUUGCAUGGUAACUUUGUUAGUUCAUCUAUAGCACCAACCUCUGCCACCAUGACAGAUUCAUCUUAUUUAGGAUCUAAUUCUGAUUGUAUGGAUAUUCCACAUACAAUGAAAUAUUCCGAUUCAUUUGUGUUAUCGGACAAAAAACAGCAAUAUCAAGCUCCUCAUAAUCCUUUAGUCUCUUCUAUGUACUCAGAAGUUUGUCCUGAAUGCUGUUUUACAUAUGAUAAUAAUAAUCAGAAUACAGCAGCUAACAAUGGUCAAAAUCUACAAUUAAAUUCCCUUAGUUAUUCUUAUGGAAUGAAGCAUUCACCAGCACAUAAAUCUAAUAACUCUUUAAAUGUGAUUAAAUUCAACGGAAAUUUUACCAAUGGUGAAAAUCAAUUAGUCACUUUGAGCAUACCAACAACAACAACAAAUCCUUCAACUAUGACAACUGAUCAUUUAUUAAAUAACAGUAAUAUUGUAGACCUUGACCAAACACAAAAUAAUUCAUCUUGCAAUUCACUCCGACCAGAUUCUCUUCUUUCCACGUCAACAACAACAACGACAACAAGAGAAUCAUCUUGUUCUGACUUAUCACCGAAUUCCAUGUCUUCACAUGAUUCAGCUUUAGGCGGAGAGAAAUUUCAGUCGGAUAUUGGACUACUGAAAACUAUUUGUCCGGGUACAAUCACAACAUCAUCGACCACAAAUUGUAUGAAAAAUAUUGAACAGUUGAACUACUUGAAAUCAUCUGAUGUGUCAACAUGUAUAAAUAAUAACAAUAGCAGUUUGAAUCCUAAAGAUUUAUAUCCUAUUCCACCACUGUGUGUGCCUGCUGGAAGUUUCUGCUGUUCACACACACCACCUACUCCGAUUAGACGACCAUGGUUAGGCAAUAAUUCAGGACAAUUAGUCACUGGAAGGAGUCGAUCCACCGGACAAAAGCGUUCAGUUUACGUAAAUUCUUCAAUAUAUCCAAUUCCUGAAAUGAUACGAAAUAAUGACACCAGUGUAAACAGUCGUAGUGGCUAUGCAAGAGAUCAACAAAAUUCUACCGACACUACUAUCACAACCUCUUCAAGUUCAAAUCCUGUGAACACAUCCAAAAUAGAAAAUAUCACUGUCAUUAGUAAUCAUACUAAUGACAAAACCACACUAAAUAAUAUAUCUGGUACACCAGUCCCCUAUUGGACACAUUUAUUACCAUAUCGUACAUCAACUGUGCCUCAAAAUUUAUCUGGUCGUUUGAGAAAAUCGGAAACACUCCCAAAUGACUGGAUAGAUCAUGAGUCGAAUAAAAUUGUGGAUCAUACAACCCAUUCGAUACCUAAAUCUACAUCAUAUCAAUUGAAUUCACUAAGUCAAAAUCAUAAUGCACAACAUUCAAAUCAUUUUGAUGGGUGUAAAUCACGUUCAUAUGUUAAUUUCAACUCUAACCAUAUUAUUAAUACUACUUCUACUACUACUAAUAAUAAUGCUAAUAAUAAUAAUAAUAGUGUUACAGAUAACACUAACAACGUAAAUCGUAAAGAAACUAAAUCACCGCCUCCAAGACCUCCAAUCAGAACAAGUUCACAUGUUGUACCACGUCAAAAUAUUACUUCUUCCUUAUCAUCUUCAUAUUGUCAUCAUCGUCAUUGUCAGAGACAUUUUGCUUCAGGAUUACUAGAUAAAUCUACGAAGGCCAACACAAAUGAACACAGUAAUAAUAAUAUACUGACGGAAAAUUCAAAUGACAAAAGUAUCGGUGAGAGCCCUAUACUUUGUCGAUACUCACAACUUUAUUCCUUGAAUGCUGAAGCUAGAAACACUAAUACUAAUGACAAAAGUAAUAAUACUAAUUCUCCUUAUUCUCACAACACAGUAAUAAACAAUAUGACCAGUUCCAAUUAUUCUUCUAUUGAUGCUUCAAAUAAAAGAAAUACUGCCGUUCAUCCUCAUCAAUAUAUUCUCUAUGAACAACGUCAGCAGCAGCAGCAGCAGCAACAACAACAACAAUCUCCUAUUCAUCAUCAUCAUCAACAUUCUGUUCAAUAUCAUCAAUGUCAAUCGCAUCCUUCAAAUAAUCGAAGCAAUUAUAAACAAUUAGUUGAUUUCGAUAUGAAAAAAUUAGGAAAGUAAUCAAGUUCAGUCACAAUGGUUGAAACCGAAUAAAUUUGGUAGCCUUACACUCAAAUUUUAGGUUUGUCCAACUACCAUGAAUUAUCUUUUCAAAUUGUAUUUUUUAAACAAUAAAUUUAUUUCCUACCAUUAAAAAACCAAUAAGGAUUUAUAAUAAAUCAUUCUGUUAUAAAAAUAGACUACUUAACAGACCGGUUAAUUUCAAAUUGAAUUCUCCUCUUACUUUUAUGUCUGUCUUAAUUUACUUUUCUUUACGGCUUAAUUUCGUCACUAAAAAUAAUUUUUACUAGAGACACACAUUACAACUAACAACUAUCGUCUCAUCUGUCUAUGAUUGCAUUUUUGAUUUCAGCAACAAUUAUAUUGAUAAUAAUAAAAAAAAUCCAACAUUCAUUAUUCCAGUGAUUACUUCCAAUUAUCUUCAAUCAAAAGUUCCUUUCUGCGGUGACUUGUUGUAUGUUUUUUGUCACUUCCUAUUGAUUUCUCCAUCUACCCAUCUACCCUCUUAAUUAUUUGUUGUUUGUUACGAAAUGACUUUUAUUCCAUGUAAUCUGUCUGUGUAACCUGUAUCCGGCAUAUUUUCUAAACUGGAUACAAAUUGAAUACCACUGUUACCAUUAAGUAUUGUGAAUGGUAAUAUCAUGGCUAUAAUCAUCAAUUUCUAAUGUAACAUUAUUUGUUUUUGAUUCACUGAGGCUGUGCAACUAUCUUCAUUUGUUUAUCAGCAGCAUUCUCUCAUAGAAUCCGUACAUAAACACAUCUACACACACACACACACAUGCGAUUCACAUCGAACAAUAGUACUUCACCUGCAGGCUGUUUUCUGUUUGUCUUCUCGUCAUUAUUCUUCGUCAUGUUCUUUCUUGAUUUCUUUUUCCUAAUUCAAUUUGCUUUUAUUUUUUAUGAUUAUGAAGUAAAUUACAUAUUGUUUUUAAUGGAAUUUUUUUUUUAGGAAAAUUAUUUUGCAAUAUGUAUGUUUGUAUGUAUUUAUGUGUGUAUGUAUACCUGUCAGCAUGUCGAUGUUCAAUAAUGAUGCAAUUUAUUGUAGACCUGUUUAAUUGAUAUUCAUUGUUUUUAUUAUCACGAUGCAUUUCAUUAAACUGUAUGAUCAUAAUUAUCAGUUUAGUGUGUGUGUGUGUGUUUUUUUUAAUUUGGCAAAACCCGAACAUCGUCAAUACAAUUUAUUGAGCAUAAAAAUUUUCCUUUUGAAAAUUAACGAACAAUAAUAAUUGCAGACACUGAAAAAUCUUUGCAAUACA